UGACAUAAAUUUUUCAUAGCUUGAGAAGUUGAGAACUCGAUUGUGUAAGAAAAAUACCUACUAAGAAUGUUAGCAAGAACAGGCAUAAAGAGAAUUUUUGUAAAUAAAUUUAAAAGAUAUUACAGCGAAGGAACAACUCAGAACCAUGGUUCAGGCACAUCGUCUGUUCCUUCAUCUCAAGCCCCUAAAGUAAAUACCAAUGUUCCUGGACUUAGCAAUGCUGUCAUCCAUCAAGCAACCGAACCUUUGGGACCUGGUGUAGACCCUAACAAAAGUGGCCCUUACAAAGUACCUGAAUAUUUCUGCUAUGAUAAUAUGAGUUUUUUUGAAGCAGAAAUUGAGAUGUCAAAAUUCAGAUUGCCGCAACCAUCUGCCAUUAAGAAAUAGUCAAAAAACUGGCUGUAAAUAAUAUGACUAUUUAGUUGAAUCGUGUUGAUUAGUAAUUAAAUUAUAUUAAUAACA